AUGGCACCCAAGAAAAUCGAAUCAGCUGAAGCCAAGAAGAAGCUGGAUUCAUUUAUCCAACAAGUCACCGUACUCAACAACACGUUGACUUUUGAUGUCUUGCGUGAAUUCGACGAAGCUGCCAUGGAGGUGCGUAUCGAACAAGUGGAUAGGCUGGAAAAAAGGUUUGAUGCUCUCUACGCGCAACUAGAGGACAACGACGCUGAUGAUAUUUUAGCGGAAUUUACCAACCACUAUAUCGAGGUAAAAACCAAGCUGACACGUCAGCGGCACGCUUGCCAAGCUUCCGAAGCUCACAGCUCAACGACGCGGCCGUUUGCUGGCGAUCAAACUUCAAUUAUUGUCUCUCAGCCAAAGCACAGGUUACCGGUGUUGCAAAUUCCAACGUUCAACGGUAAAUAUUCGGAUUGGCCGGAUUUCUUCUCGAUGUUCAACACUGUUGUACAUCAGGACGUAGAUCUAACAAGAAUUGAGAAAUUCCAGCACCUUCGGUCAAGUCUACGUGAUGCAGCGUUGGACACCAUUCGUUCAUUAGAGAUAAGUGAACAAAAUUAUGAUAAGGCUAUUGAUUUGCUAAGAGCCAGAUUUGAUAAUAAACGAUUGAAUUUCCAGGCUCAUAUCAGAGAUAUUUUUCAGCUCAAAAGUGUAGAGGGUGAUAGGGUUGCCAAACUUCGAAAACUCAGCGACACCGUAAAUGCUCACUUGCGAGCAUUGCAAACUAUGGGAACAAAGGAACAGAUUGCUGACUGCUUAUUCAUUCAACUAGUGUGCCAAAAUUUGGACGUCAAAUCUCGCGCGAAGUGGGAGGAACAAACACCUGUAAGCGAAAUACCUACAUGGAAUUCAAUGGCUAGAUUUUUGGAACAACGCUGUCAGCAACUGGAAAAUGUAGAGAAUGUCCUUGGACUUCCGGAAAAACAGGUAGGCAGGAAAUUGUCAAAUCAGAUCAGUCGUAAGGUGCUUUUAACGGCAGCUGUAGCUGGAUGCAUAUUGUGCAGUUCUAGUGAACACAAAAUCGCAAGGUGCAAGCAGUUUCUAAGCCUUUCGCCCACCAUGCGCUAUAAAGAAGCAAAACGGUUAAACCUAUGCUUGAAUUGCCUUCGAGUCGGGCAUUCACUUAAAGACUGCAAGUCAGGACACUGUAGACAUUGCACGUCGAAGCAUCACAGUCUGCUCCAUCAAGACACAAAUUCCUUUCCUACAACUUCACAACCAAUGGCUUCUGAUAAAUCCCCGCAGCUAUCACAACCAACUACAUCUAGUUCGUUCAAUCCGUACUCGUUUUCUUCUUCAUCUUUCGGUCCUUCAGCUUCUGCACUCGUCGCAUCUGAAGUUCAGGCUAGCGUUGCUGACAGAGAGUUCGUUCUAUUAGCAACCGCCAUAAUUUAUGUAAAAAAUCGAUCUGGCUCCCUCAUUCCCUGCAGGGCUCUGCUAGAUUCUGCGUCACAAUUAAACUUUAUAAUCAAUCGACUCGCUAAUCAACUACAAUUGAAGAAGAUCAAAUCUUCACAGUUCAUUUCUGGUAUAGGCCAAAAUGAUUUCGUUGCUAAUCAUAUCGUUAAUUUCGACCUGCAUUCACGCAUUAACGAUUACAUUGCCAAAUUGUCUGCGGUUAUCACCCCCACCAUAACCGAUGUUCAACCAUCUCGUUCUAUAAAGGGUAUUAAUUGGAAUAUACCACAAAACAUACGCUUAGCAGAUCCACACUUUUUCGAACCGCAACGCGUUGAUAUGCUCAUUGGAGCUAGUUUAUUCUUUGACCUGCUAUGCGUCGGCCAGAUACGCCUGGCUGAAAAUUUACCGCUUUUACAAAAGACAAAGCUAGGGUGGGUUGUAUCAGGUGCAACAACAUACAACAUUUCGAAGCUAUCUUGCUUAGCAGCCAUCGACACGGCUCUAGCAAAUGACACAGAUGACGACUUAUAUAACCUGGUUCAAAGCUUUUGGGAAAUAGAGAAUUGUAUUGACUCCACACCAAAGACUACAAUAGAGGAGGAUUUGUGUGAAGAGCACUUUAUAAAAACCCAUAAGCGAUUAGAAUCUGGUGAGUUUUCGGUUCGAUUACCAACAAAAUCACCUUCUUGCGAACUAGGAGAGUCGUAUCAGCAGGCUAUCAAUCGAUUCAAGGCUUUAGAGCGGAAAUUUCAGCGCAAUGCUGAACUAAAACAACAAUAUUCGUCAUUCAUUAGGGAGUACUUUGAUUUGAACCAUAUGUCAGUCGUUGACACUAUACCGAAGCAAAUUCCAAUGAAUUUUAUGCCACAUCACUGUGUUUUAAAGGCUGAUAGCACAACAACAAAACUACGUGUGGUUUUUGAUGGCUCUGUGCCAACCAGCAAUGGACUUUCGUUGAAUUCGAUUCUGAUGAAAGGACCCACUAUUCAACCUCCACUUUUUGAUAUUUUGCUUCGAUUUUGCACUUUCAAAAUUGCUCUUACUGCAGAUAUUUGUAAAAUGUAUCGCUGUGUAAGGAUAGCUAAUCCAGACAACUUCCUGCAGUGUAUAAUAUGGAGAGACAAACCUAAUGAAGAUUUUCGCAUUUUUAAGUUGGAUACCGUCACUUAUGGAACGAAGCCAGCUUCUUUCCUAGCCAUUCGUUCAAUGCAGCAGCUUGGCCGCGAUGAAGCUCAUGUUUAUCCCGUUGGAGCUGAAACGAUACACAAUGGAUUUUAUGUGGAUGACAUGAUUACCGGUGCAGGCUCGGUGGGCGAAGCAAAGGUGAAAUUAAAUGAGACUAGAAAGUGUUUGUCUCUCGGAAACUUUCACUUGAGGAAAUGGUGUUCGAAUGAUGAUCGAGUCUUAAUUGAUAUUGAGGAUAAUGACAAACAGGACUUCCUAACCUUCGACGACGGUACAAGCAUAACAAAGACACUUGGAUUGGUUUGGGACCCGAAGUUCGACGUAUUCAUAUUUUCCUUUUCACCCUUUGCAACACCGGCUAAGGUAACUAAACGGACAAUCCUUUCGGCUAUAGCCAGACUUUACGACACUCUUGGUUUGAUCGGACCUGUGGUGGCCAAAGCCAAAAUAUUCUUGCAGCAUUUGUGGAAAGAGAAGCUACAUUGGGACGAAAGCCCACCUCAAGCAAUUCAAACAGAAUGGCUAGAAAUAUGCAAUCAAUACAAACUAAUUACUCGCUUUAGUUUUGACCGAUACUUGUUGAUGCCAGAAGCUGAAGUACAACUACAUGGAUUUUGUGACGCGAGUGAGGCUGCUUAUGGGGCUUGCAUAUACAUACGCGCUGAAAGAGGCGGACACAUCCGAACUAAUCUGCUCUGCUCCAAAUCUCGCGUAGCUCCACUAAAACCUCUAACGGUACCGAGGCUUGAGUUAAGAGGCGCAUUACUGUUAGCUGAAUUAAUCGCAAAGGUAAUCAAUUCAACGCAUUUCAAAUCAAAAGGGGUAUUUUGCUGGUCUGACUCCACAACAGUGCUAUCGUGGUUGCGUAGUGAACCAGCUAAUUUCAACGCUUUUGUCGCAAAUCGCAUUAACAGCAUUCAAACUCUCACAACAGAGAGUCCUGACGAUCUCGAGGUGCUUACCCCUGCGCACUUUCUCAUUGGCGCACCCUUCACAUCCGUGGUAGAACCUGACAUCACUCCUAUCAAUAUUAAUCAUCUUAGCAGAUGGCAGCGAGUGUGCUACCUGCAACAACAAUUCUGGAAGAAAUGGCAAGCAGAAUAUUUAACGCUUCUGCAACAACGCCAUAAAUGGCACGCAUCUUCUUCGAAUCUCAAGCUCGGGGACGUGGUUUUGAUAAAGGACGAGAACAAUCCCCCGCUAAAGUGGCCUUUGGCUAGAGUCAUCGAAACCAUUUCCGGAAAGGACCAGGUGCUGCGAGUCGCAGUUCUAAAGACACCAAAUGGCGUGUACAAGCGAGCUGUUUCCAAGCUGUGUCUCCUACCAAUCGAUGAUAAUAUCUUGAAAGCCUAA